AGAUGAACGCAAAAUACGCCUUUGCACUGAUCCUCGCUCUGCAGGUCUCCAUGAGCCUGUGUGACCUUCCAGCACCAGAUCAGGAGCUUGUUGAAAAGUAUGACCAACUGAAAUCUGUGUUCUACAAGAGGCUGCUGACAGCUUACGGCAAGCUUCAGGCUGCUGCUGCUCCAUUAGUGGAGAGAGUGGGCGACCAUGAGCAUGGACAGGCUGCCAAGGACUACAUCGAGGAUCUGAUGGCCAAGCCUCAGGUCCAAGCUGUCGCUAAGGUUGCCGCUGGCCUGGGCCAGGAGGCUGCUCCUUUGGCAGAUAAGGCCCGUACCGCCGUGCUGGGCCUGUACGGUCACUACGUGCGCCCCCAUGUCGGCUACUACCUGAGUGAUGCCAUCGAUCACAUCAAGGUGUACCUGGACAAAUAUAUGCCAGCUGAGUAAAGAAGACCAACUGCAGCAAACCACCUGCCAUCAGCCUGUAAUAGAUG